AUGUCCCUUUGUUCGUCCCUGACGGGCAUUUUGCUCGGUGCUCUCCUGCUAGUAACACCCGGAGAUGCCCUCGUUGGACAGGUCUCAUCCACCACUCUAGCUGGCGCACCGCUAUUUGAUAGCGAGACGUUCCAGUUGACAGAUCUCGACAUUGCGAAUCUCAGCCAGAACGAGUCAGCCCUGGUUGAAUUUGGCAGCGAUGGCGCCGAUCUGAUCUCGCGCUCUAUACUGGGUUGCAAGGUUUUCCCUGGUGACCGCCAGUGGCCGUCGCGGUUCGCAUGGUCGACCUUGAAUAAAUUCCUAGGUGGCGCUCUCAUCAAGACAGUCCCACUAGCUGCGUCUUGUUAUUCUUCGUGGCCCCAAUAUGACACCGCUGAAUGCGAGAGAAUCUCCGCGCAGUGGUCUGAUUCCAACCUUCAUGCUGCGGACCCGGCGUCGGCAAUGUGGCCUCUGUUCGAGGGAAGAACCUGCCUGCCCACUACCAAUGCCUCUGCAUCUUGCACAGUGGGUGGCUACAGCAGCUAUGCUGUGAAUGUGAGCACUGUGGCUCAAAUUCAGCUUGCUGUCAACUUUGCACGCAACGCGGGUAUCCGCUUGGUGGUUAAGAACACCGGCCAUGACUUCAAUGGAAAAUCAACCGGUGCUGGUGCUUUGGGUAUCUGGACCCACCACCUCAAGGACCUUGAAUACAUUGAGAACUAUCGGGGCUCAGGAUACCAAGGUCCAGCUGUCAAGAUGGGUUCAGGUGUUCAGGCGUUUGAAGUCUAUGAACUGAGCCAGAAGCUUGGAUUCACUGCCGUUGGUGGUGAAGGCAAGACUGUUGGUGUUUCCGGUGGUUACGUUCUAGGCGGCGGUCACUCUCCUAUGUCCAGCAUUUACGGCUUGGCUGCUGACCAAGUUUUGGCUCUCGAGGUCGUGCUGGCCAACGGGCGCUUCGUAACAGUGACUAAAGAACACAAUCCAGAUCUUUUCUGGGCUCUUCGUGGCGGUGGCGGUGCAACCUACGGAGUCGUCACUUCCAUCAUCUCUCGUGUCUACCCUAAGGUCGGCGUGACUGUUUCAACAUUUAACUUUGCAACUAGCGAAGAUGUUUCCGCGGACACCUUCUGGGCUGCCGUCCGAUCAUACCUGGCACGAUUCCCUGCUCACGCCGACGCUGGUACCUACGCCUACUUUUGGGUAAUGUCCACAGGCCCCGGCGCCUUCGUCUUCUUAAUGAACCCCUUCUUCGCCGUCAACCACACUGUGGACCAGUUCAAUACUUUAAUCAAGCCAUGGUACGAUGAUCUCAACGAGCUGGGCAUCUCAAUCCAGCCAAACACAACCUACUACGAUAACUUCUUCGAUGCCUGGACUGCCGGAUUCCCCCUCGAAGUGGUAGCCUCAUCACUGAUGAUGACUGGCUCCCGUCUCUUCCCUCGCUCAAACUGGGACACCGCCGCCUCACUGAAUGCGACCCUCGAUGCCAUUCGCUCCACUACUACCGAUGGCUACCCAUUGCUCGCAUUCAACAUGAAAGCUGAGCUGCAAGAGGGCUUCACCUCGAAUGCAGCCAACCCAGCUUUCCGCCAGACUCUGAUGCACGCCAUCACAUCGGCGUCCUGGGAAGAAGGCACCUCUGAUGCCGGAAUCAAGUCCAAAAUGGCUGACCUCACCCAAGCUGUUGACAAAUGGCGCGCUGUCUGCCCUGACUCCGGCGCGUAUAUGUCUGAGGCGAAUAUUCAAGAGCCGACCUUCCAGCAGUCUUUCUACGGUACUAACUACAACCGUUUGUAUAAGCUUAAGCAGCGUUAUGACCCGACUGGCUUGUUCUAUGCGCCUACUGCUGUCGGCAGUGAGGAUUGGGUUGUGAAGAGCCUCGACGGUCUUCCGGACCAGAACGGUCGGUUGUGCCGGGUUUAA